UGCGGCCCCUGCGGGUUACAUAACCGGCUGCGGCCCGCGGCCCCACUUCCGGCUCCCUGCGACCCCAGGAUGCGCUGAGCCCCACGGCACCGUCCGCCGCCGCCGGCUCCCGCCCGAGGUGUGAAUGACAGAGGUGGUGCCAUCCAGCGCCCUCAGCGAGGUCAGCCUGCGCCUCCUCUGCCACGAUGACAUAGACACUGUGAAGCAUCUAUGUGGCGACUGGUUCCCCAUUGAGUACCCAGACUCAUGGUAUCGUGACAUCACCUCCAACAAGAAGUUCUUUUCCCUUGCUGCAACCUACAGGGGUACCAUUGUAGGAAUGAUAGUAGCUGAAAUAAAAAGUAGGACCAAGAUACACAAGGAGGAUGGAGAUAUUCUAGCGUCCAACUUCUCUGUUGACACACAAGUUGCAUACAUUCUAAGUCUUGGAGUAGUGAAGGAAUUCAGAAAGCACGGCAUAGGUUCUCUUUUACUUGAGAGUUUAAAGGAUCACAUAUCCACCACUGCCCAGGACCACUGCAAAGCCAUCUACCUGCACGUCCUCACCACCAACAACACAGCAAUAAGCUUCUACGAAAACAGAGACUUCAAGCAGCACCACUAUCUCCCCUAUUACUAUUCCAUCCGUGGAGUCCUCAAAGAUGGCUUCACUUAUGUCCUCUACAUCAAUGGUGGCCACCCUCCCUGGACCAUCUUGGACUACAUCCAGCACCUGGGUUCUGCUCUAGCAAACCUGAGCCCCUGCUCCAUCCCACACAGGAUUUACCGCCAGGCCCACAGCCUGCUCUGCAGCUUCCUGCCGUGGUCGAGCAUCUCCACCAAGGGCGGCAUUGAGUACAGCCGGACCAUGUGAUGCCAGCCGGGCAGCCUCCAGCAGGUCCCACCCCUUGGCGCCCUGCGGAGCCCACCUUCCUGGCCAUUUGACCUCAACUGUGUUCUGCAGGGGAGCUGGCCCAUCACCUGCCCCAGCUGCAGGCCCGGUGCUACAUGGGCUCGGGAGCAGAGCAUCGUGGGGCAGGUAUGCCUGGUCUCCAACAGGCUCUUCCAGCCCUCCUUCCUGCUCUGGAAACCUCUGCUCUUGCCCUGGUCUGGCCCCCAUGUGACUGCACCAGCCUCAUAGGCUGGCCACAGUGUUCACUGUGGUCAGUUGCUUCUGCUGUCCUGGGAGUAUGGGGGCAGGAGAGGGCUUCCUUCCCUGCACGUCCUCACUGGCCUCUUCCCCUGCACUGCCUGUUCCUUCCAACUCCUUCCUCCAAAGCCGGAAUUAACUCCUGGGAGGGAGGAACCCAAGUGUUACGGAUAGACUUGGCCCUAAAGACACAGGAGCCUCAGAACAAUGAAGGGGCAAAAUAAAGGGAAUGCCAAACCCUUGUAAAGAACCAGCCUCAGAAGCCUGGGGGGCAGGAGCAACUCCUACCUCCCCAGGAGGGGCUGGCAAGUGGUGGGAGGCUUUUCACCCAAGCACAGAGCUCUGGGGCUUAGUUCCUUGGCAUGGUGGUCAGUUAAUGGGAAGGUUUCCCACUCCUCUGUUGGCAGUCCUGCUGCCUCAGAGAGCGAGGAGCUACCCAUCACAUGCUGGAUGUGCCAUUCAGUUGAACUGCCCCAGGGAGCCGGGCUGAGGACAGGUGCUGGUGAGGGUCCCAAGGGCCUUCCCUUCCAGCCCCCCAGUUCCGUGAGAUGCAGUUCUGAGGCCUGACCAUAUGCAAACAAGAAGAAUUGAGUGUGGUGUUUGAUCAAGUAGGACCUGGUCUUUGAGGCUGGGGCAGUCGCUUGCCUUGUGGUCCUCAGCCUCUGGGAACAGAAGAGGCUGUGUCAGUGCCAGGAAGCAUGCAUGUGGACAUCACUUGCUUCUGGUGUUCCCUCUACCCCAUUCCCCAAAGCUGCUUGCUCCCUGCCCUGCCCUCCAGAGUAAAGGGGGUUGGCAGAGUCAUGCCCAGCAUUGCUGCAGUGUCCUGGAGCCAUCGCCACAGUGCACAGUCUGAGAGGGAGGAGAAGGUGGAACAACCAAGCAAGAGGGCCUUGGAUUGGCAUCCUUCCCUCCCUCGGAACUCCCAGCCCAGGGGCUCCUCUGGCCUUGCGGUGGGGGAAAGGGGUUUCUCGAGAUGAAGGCGAGCCUGCGCAGGAAAACCACCUCUCCUUCCUCGGCCACUUCACACUCUCACUGACUGGUCCCCCCUCCGUGCUGACAUUGACUUUGAGCUGAGGCCCAGCUCAGUGUCCUCUCUAAUCUGAAUCAACGGUUAUCAUGUGGUUUUUAUUUCUGCCCCAUGGGGUAAGGGAAGAGUCUUCCAGAAGGUUCUGCCUUAGACUUGCAUAAUUGAGCCAAGGCCUUGCCCUGCCCCUUCCUCCUUGCCCCUAAUCACGGCAGUGUCUAGCCCAGUGUUGAGCAGAUUGUAGUGUUCUGUCUGAUUACAAACAAA